CUGCUGUGCUGUUCACGCUCAGUUACUACACACUGUUGACACAAAAGUAUGCAUCUCCCUGUGGAGCAGGUUGAUAAAGCAGGUUGGUCAAAGUAAGAAGCUUUAGUUUAUCGUGAGAACUCUGCGCAGAAGAGCGGACUUUCCUUCCCUCCGCAGUUUCUUUGCGACCGCACUCAUGCGUGCCAUGGAGCGGUAGGAGCUGACAAGAGUUGUACGCCAAGCCGGGAUGAGUGGCAGCUCCGCGGCGUCCGGCGCGGCGCUUUGCCGCUUCGCUCACUACUUUGUUGUUUGCGGGAUAGACAUAGAAACUGGACUGGAGCCGGAUCAGUUAACAGCUUUGUACCAUUGGCUAGAGGCAAACCGCCAAGGCAGGGAACCAGACACUACAGCCAGAGGUGAACAUUUUGACCAAAGUCCCCUGAAGAGAACAUUCAAGUCCAAAGUUUUGGCUCAUUACCCCAAGAAUGUGGAGGCAAACCCCUUCGACCAGGAUGCUGUCAACAUGUUGUGUAUGCCUAAAGGACUGUCAUUCCGGACACAGGCUGGCCAGCGUGAUCCUCAGUUUCACUCCUUUAUCAUCACUAAGGAGGACGGCUCUCGAACUUAUGGCUUUGUCCACUCCUUCUACGAGGAGGUGACCAGCCCGCAGAUCUGCUCUGCCAUGCAUACCCUAUACCAGUUGCACAAUGCAGGACACACCUCCUCCAACCCUCCUCCAUCUUCCUCCUCCUCUUCCUCCUCUAGCAUGGACUCUCUGGCCAGCAGUUUAGAUGAGGUUGACCCCCCCAUUUCCUCAUCUGCCUCAUCUUCAUCUCAUGCUGCGAUUGGCUACGACUCAUCGCGAGAUACCCUCUACGUGUCCAAAGCGUUGUGUCUUAUCAGCCCCAUGCCAUUCAUGCAUGCUUGUCGCCACUUCCUGUCGCAGCUUCACAGGGCCAUCACAGCAGCCACUACCCCUCCACUACCGCUAGAGAGCUACAUUCACAACAUUCUGUUUGAGGUGCCACUGCCCGCCCCGGGACGCACGCUCAAGUUCUAUGGUGUAUAUGAGCCGAUUGUGUGUCAGAGGCCUGGAUUACUGGAGCUACCAUUGGCUGACUUCCCCCUCACAGAAACCUUCAGUCUGCUGGGACUGGAAAACCUUGUCCAGGUGUUCACCUGCACCCUGCUGGAGAUGCAGAUCCUCCUCUACUCACAGGACUACCAACGGUUGAUGACGGUGGCAGAAGGCAUCACCACUCUGCUGUUUCCCUUCCAGUGGCAGCACGUCUAUGUUCCCAUCCUGCCUGCCUCUCUCCUCCACUUCCUGGAUGCUCCUGUUCCCUACUUAAUGGGCCUGCAGUCAACAGAGAACACUGAUCCCUCCAAACUGGAGCUUCCUCAGGAGGCCAACUUAUGUUUUGUGGACAUUGACAACCACUACAUCGAGCUUCCAGAAGACUUCCCCCUCUUCCCCAACAAGACUGAGUUCAUCCAGGAACUCAGCGAGGUCCUGCUGAGCUUUGGCGUUUCUCUGGACACAGGGGCGCCUCCACAAACUUGCAGCAACCCUGGUGACAAUCCAUCCACAUCAGGCAGGGAACAUACAACUGUCGGCCUUCAGCAGCUGGAGGAUGACGUGCUCAACAGCAACCUGGCAGGGGAGGAACAGAAUAUGCUGGAGCUGUUGCAGGGAAAUGCCACACUGGAGAGAUUGCAGGCAUUGACCAAAUGCACUGGGGUGACAGUGGCCCAUGUGGGCGCUCUUAGGGCGGGUAUCAAAGCUCAUGGGACAGACAGACAAGGGGUACGUACUGAAGUUGAAGAGGAGGAACUAAGUUAUGCAAAGCUGAAUGUCCAGCUGAGGGAAGUGUUUGCUAACCGCUUCACCACCAUGUUUGCGGAUUAUGAAGCCUUUGUCAUUCAGAGUGCACCAGACCUGGAGUCCUGGCUCACCAACCGGGAGCAGAUGCACAACUUUGACAAGGCCUCGUUCUUGUCGGACCAGCCUGAGCCAUACCUCCCCUUCCUCUCCCAUUUCAUUGAAACGCAGAUGUUCGCCACCUUCAUUGACAACAAGAUCAUGUCUCAGUGGGAGGAGAAGGAGCCGCUGCUACGAGUCUUUGACGCUCGCAUUGACAAGACCAGACUAUAUAAUGUGCGCACUCCCAGCCUGCGAACCUCCACCUACCAGAGGUGCUCCAUCCUCCAUGAAUCUGCUCAGGCCAUUGAGCAGCGGCUAAUGAAGAUUGACCAUAUGGCCAUUCACCCACACCUGCUGGACAUGAAGAUCGGUCAGGGCAAAUAUGAGCAGGGCUUCUUCCCCAAACUCCAGGCUGAUGUCCUAAACUCAGGGCUGACCAACAAGUGGUCUCACAGGACAGCGACAGCUCAGCAAAGGAAAGAGCGCCACAGACAACAAACAAAGCACCUGAACCUGGAGAAGGACCUGAAGGAGAAGUACAUGCAGGAGGCUCGCAGCCUGGGGAAAAGCCUGCGACAACCCAAACUCUCUGAUCUGUCGCCAGCAGUCAUUGCACAGACCAACUGGAAGUUUGUGGAAGGUCUGCUGAAAGAGUGUCGUAUGAAGACGAAGCGUAUGCUGGUGGAGAAGAUGGGCCGUGAGGCGGUGGAGCUGGGCCAUGGUGAUGCCAACAUCACUGGGCUGGAGGAGAACACUCUGAUAGCCAGCCUGUGUGAUCUGCUGGAGAGGAUCUGGAGCCAUGGGCUGCAGGUCAAACAGGGGAAAUCAGCACUGUGGUCCCACCUUCUGCACUACCAGGCCCGAGAGGAGAAACUGGAACAGCAGCAGACCGAUUCACAAUUGUCACAUGUUUCUGAGAGGAGGAGGUCUGAGUGUUCCACAAUGAUGCCUUCACUCGGUGUGUCUCUUACACAGGACAUGAGGCACAUCCAGAGCAUGUCCAAGAUCAAAACAGACGUGGGCAGAGCAAGAGCCUGGAUCCGCUUGUCCCUGGAGAAGAAGCUGCUCUCUCAGCACUUCAAACAGCUGCUGUCCCGACAAGCCUUAACCAAGAAGCUCUACAAGCGCUACGCCUUCCUGCGAUGUGAGGAGGAGAAGGAGCAGUUCCUCUUUCACCUGCUUUCUCUCAAUGCUGUUGACUACUUUUGCUUCACCAGUGUCUUCACCACCAUCAUGAUCCCGUACCGAGUUGUCAUCAUCCCCAUCAAGAUGCUGAGCAAUACCAUGACCACCUCUAACCCAUGGGUGUGUGUGUCAGGGGAGCUGAGGGACUCUGGGAUCAUGCAGAUCCCCAAGAAUGUCCUGGAAAUGACAUUUGAUUGUCAGAACAUGGGGAAGCUGACCACAGUGCAGCUGGGUCAUGAUAACGCUGGUCUCCUAGCUAAAUGGUUGGUGGACUGUGUCAUGGUGCGUAAUGAGAUCACUGCACACACAUACAGGUUCCCCUGUGGUCGAUGGCUUGGUAAAGGUGUUGGUGAUGGCAGCCUGGAGAGGGUUCUGAUUGGUGAGCUGCUUGUGCCCAGUGGAGACGAGGACUGUGGGAAAAGCUGCCGUACACCACCAAUGCAGGGUUCACCUUCCCAAACCAGACGCACCAGCAUCACAUCACUUUCAGGACGAGCAUACAAACCAACUUCAGCUCAAAUCCAUGAGGCGAUUGGAGAGGCAAUGAACAACAUUAUCAAACACUUCCACAAACCAGAGAAAGAGAGGGGCAGUCUGACUGUGCUGCUGUGUGGGGAGAACAGCCUAGUCGCAGCUCUGGAACAGUUUUUCCAUCGGGGCUUCAAGUCUGCACGCCUUUUCCAGAAGACCGUGUUUUUAUGGGACUUUGUGGAGAAGACUGUUGCCUACAUGGAGUCAGCUGACCAAAUGGGAGAUCUUCAGGAGACUGCUGCACCCCUGGGGAUGAGCUGUCAGUCACUCUGUCACUACAUCAACACCAUCAACUCUGCUCCCAGGAACAUCGGCAAGGAUGGAAAGUUCCAGCUGUUGCUCUGCCUCGGGGUCAGAGACCGUCUGCUGCCCCAGUGGCUCCCCCUGCUGCUGGAUUGCCCAGUAGUCCUGCUGAUGUAUGAGGAGACAGCCCUUCUUAGAGACCGCGUUGCUGUCAUUGGGCUCGUCGCAGUCCUGGAAACUCUUCAUGAUUUCCCCAUCACGCUGGAUUCCUCACUAACCAAAGGUAUUGACCUUUAACCCCAGAAAGGACUGGACAGCUGCGCAUUUCCCUCAACUUCCUCACGAUGAACGACAACUCAGUCAUGCUCUCUGGCUCUUUGCUGCAUUCCAUUUACGUUGGAAGUUGGAACUGGUAGUAACCGAGUUUUCAGCGUCAAAAACAACAUGGACUCAAAUGUAUCUCAGUGUGCAGCACAAACAGCAUAGCAACAUGUCUAUGGUGAAAAAUUAAACAAAAUUUAAAUUAAAUUGUUCGUGUAAAGUUGAUUUACUGUGAAACAAAUAUGACAAAAUGCUAUUAAUGCCAGGGCGGUAAAGUAUUGUGUCACUUCCUGUUUCCACUGGGGUCACAAUGUAUUUCUACUGCUCUGUACUGUCUCUGCUAUUUUAUAUAUACACUUUUGCUUAACUUUCUAUCACAUACAUUCACUUACGGUGGUUUUUGUAGCUUAACAUGUUAGCUUAGCAGUGAUAGCUUCUCUCUCUCUCUCUCCUUUUCCUGCUCUCUCUUGUGUUGUGUGCCUCAUGUGUAACUACUCCUCUGCCUCCCCAUAGGAAAAAUGUGUAGCUCAUCUGUUGUUCAAGCUCAUCUCUUGGGAUCAGUUUGAGCUUCUCCUAUUCGUAUUAUUCUGUGAGCAUUUGUUUCUGAGUUACAAGAGAUAAGCUAAAAAGAGACAAGACGUUGAUGUUGAGUUGAGAUAACCAUUUGAGCCAUAUUUGAAGUGGGAUACAGAGGAUAUCUCAUAAUUGUAUCCCCUAUCUCAAUUAUGUCUUGGUUGGUUGGUCUUUGAAGGAGAAUUAAAGAGAAUUACAUUAGAUGAACCUAAGACUUUUGUAAGACAAAUCUGAGAAGUAUGAGCCAUAAAAUAGAUCUUAUCAA